UUGUUUAGCCUCGCCAGAGGGGGUCUUGACCCAGACGAUAAGACAUGUAAGACGUCUAGCUUAAGACGUUCACUCGUGGUGUGGGCCGGUGGUGUAUAGUUUGUUGUCGAUCAGGCAGUCAGUGUAAAACACAAUUUGUCCUUAGUCCCGUAAAAAGGCAGAUUGUUUGAUCGUCAAGUGUCGCAUCCCGACUACCGAGUUACUUGGUUAGGCCCCCCUACUUCUUCAGAUAUUUACCCGAAGUCUUGUGACUCGGAGGAGUUGAAGUCGACAUGUCAUUUUCUAGAGUGGUGAUUCUGCUGUGCGUUGUUGCGGUUGUGUUGGCCAGCAAACACAAAAGCAAGCAUCAGCAAAUGAAAGCCUCAAGGCAUGAGAUGAGAGGUGCGAAGAAGGCAUUGGAAUCACUGUCUUACACCAAAGAGGAACAGAUUUACAGUAUUGAUGGCUACAAGGAGGAACCGGAAGAAAGUAUCAAUGAUGUCACUGACAAGUGCAACACCUUGCCGUGCCCGCCUGGUGAAACCUGCUACAUUGACAGGGAUGGUGCGCCGUACUGCGACUGCGUCGAGUUCUGCAUUGAAGAAGACGGCGACCCAUUCAUUCAAGUCUGCAGCACUGGCAAUGUGACUUACCGCAGUCAGUGUGAGCUGUACAGGCUCCGGUGUGUCAAUCCUCGGGAGAUGGAUGCUGAACACUUGGACUAUUUUGGCCCCUGUAAAAUUAUGGAACAGUGCAACCCAGCUGAUCUAGCUACUUUCCCUCAGCGCAUGCGUACCUGGUUUUUGGAAGUCAUGAAGGAGCUGUCUGGUCUGACAGAGGAGCAAGGAGGCUUGGACGAAGAAGAACGCGAGUUUGAGAAACUGGCUGAAGCAGAGACUAAGCCAUGGCGACGCCCACUGCACUGGAAGUUUUUCAACAUGGACAUUGCGCCCAACGAUUUUCACCUAAGUGAGUCCGAGUUGAUGCCAAUGCGUGCCCAGCUUCUUCCCAUGGAACCUUGCACUGAUGCAUUCAUCGCAAGCUGCGAUACCAAUGACGAUGACUUGAUCUCUAUCGUUGAGUGGGGUACCUGCAUGGGACUGAAUGAGGAGGAGAUCCUGUACUAGACGAAGACGGACUUAGAGGGACGCUGAGUCAAGACUUUUCUACAUUUCUAUGCAACUCGUGAUAAUGGUGCUACCUUUUAAUCCGUCGAUAAGUGUGCCAACUGUAUAGAAUAGGAAUUUAAGUAGGAAGCAAGAACCAAAUUAUGUUGCUGAUGGUCAAAACAAAAUCCAGGCCUGUUAGAAAAAAAAUAAGAACGGUAAAAAUGAAUCACAAAGGGAAACUGACUUUUAAAAAAAAACUGACUUUUUUACUAUACAUGUAAAAGGCCAAUUGAAAAAAAAAUAACCAAUUUCUUGCCC